AUUACCUUUUAAAGGAAGAAACACAUCGUAUAAUAAGAAGUUGAUCUUUCAUAAACUGCAUUAUUGCCUGUAAAUCGAAAGCAGGUACAUCUCUCUGACGUUUUGAUUCUUUUGCCCCGACUUUUACAGUAAAAUGGGAGCUGGAUUUACAAAAGAUGACGAAAAUGACAGAACUGGUGCUUUAUUUCAGGCAAUACGGCGUGAUCGAUUCCAGCUGGCUACAGAUCUCAUUUCAAAAGGCGCGGGGGUCAACUGUAUAAACUAUUUCGGCAAUACACCACUGAUAGAAACAUGUCGAAGCCAUAGAGCAUCAACCAGAACAGGGAAUGCUGUUGAGUCUGAUCGAGAGCGUUUCGUCACAUUUCUUAUCAGCAAUGAUUGUGACAAGACCAAGUAUGACAUAUAUGGAUGGACAGCUCUUAUGUAUGCCGAAAAGAAUGGUCAUGAUACCAUCAUUGAUAUUUUGGAGAAAAAAGAACAGGAAAUGAGAUCUGAUGAUUCAUCAGAAAACAAAGCUGGCAACAACAGCGACUAAGUCGACCAACUCUGGAGUAUAUUAAUUACUGGAAUACUGAAAUAUACAAUAUUAACUCAACAGAAAUACUCUUUUGAAAUACCUCAAGUAAUAUAAAAUAAAUUAACCGCACUUUAUAAUCAACUGCAUCCAUUUAGCAAUACAUGUGUAUUGAAUUGAUCAUAUUCUAUUAGUAUUUAGCUAUCGCCAUCAACCGCAGGAAGCUUAUAUUAAGUUUAUAUAUGAUUCUUCUGGCGAUGCAAUUAAAGCUAUUAUCAUAACUGAUGAUACAUCACUUAAGACUGAGAGGUGGUUAACUUUUUACAAUUCUAAAAAUAAGCUAGGAUAUGAAAAACGAAUAUCAAUUAUUUUUUUAGUGUUAAAAGCGUUGUAUAAAUAUUGUGAUUUUAAUGGUUUGAAAACGUACCUGUUAUAAUUAUGAUAUUAUCUUAAAUCAAAAAUACCGAUUUUUCUGCAGCGGUUAUUUAACCCAGUGCAACAUACGCACUUACUUUAAAUAGGUCUAUUUCAGACGGCAACAUUUGUCCGUUCUUAUGUUUGGAUAUUUCAGAUUCACACAAGAAACUUUAUACAAAAACUUACGACGAAAGGGACGAUUUUGUAUUCCUUUUCUUUAACUUUCAUUUUUUUAACACGGCUAGUUCUUACAU